CUCGGGUCCUCACUGCGGAAAGGUGACUGUGGCGGCUGCCGUGCCUGAUCAGGCGUCGGGCCAAGGGCCGCCUCGUCUUUGGGACAGCAGAGAGGCCAUUACAGGGUGACAGGGCUCAGCCAAGCGUCGUGUGGGCCCGCCGGCGGGGCUGGAGCAGCGGCGGCCGGGUGCGGGGCACGCAGGCGCGCGCGGGGCAGGCACGGCGGCGGAAGUGAAGGCACGGAUCGGCCAAGCCGUCUAGGAAGCCGCGGCGGGUCGCCCAGUCGGGGCAGUCGGAGCCCCGCCAGACCGUCGGGAUUCGGCUCCGGUUGCCGGCGCGAUGCCUCUGUUCGCUGCCAACCCGUUCGAGCAGGAUGUGGAAAAAGCCACAAAUGAGUACAACACCACAGAAGACUGGAGUCUGAUCAUGGACAUCUGUGACAGGGUUGGAAGCACUCCCAAUGGAGCGAAAGAUUGCCUGAAAGCCAUCAUGAAAAGGGUAAACCAUAAGGUCCCUCAUGUUGCUCUGCAGGCGUUAACCCUUCUUGGAGCUUGUGUGGCAAACUGUGGAAAGAUAUUUCAUUUAGAAGUGUGUUCUCGUGAUUUUGCAACAGAAGUGCGUGCUGUGAUAAAAAAUAAGGCUCAUCCUAAAGUAUGUGAGAAACUAAAAUCUCUAAUGGUUGAAUGGUCAGAAGAAUUCCAGAAGGACCCCCAAUUUAGUCUGAUAUCUGCAACUAUUAAGUCCAUGAAAGAAGAAGGAGUCACUUUUCCUUCGGCAGGUUCCCAGACUGUCUCGGCUGCUGCCAAAAACGGGCCAUCACUGAACAAAAGCAAGGAGGAUGAGGACAUAGCUAAAGCUAUUGAGUUAUCGCUGCAAGAGCAGAAGCAGCAGCAGCAGGUGGAGACAAAGGCUUUGUACCCCCCUGCAGAGAGCCAGUUAAAUAACAAGGCCACAAGGAGAGUCAGGGCUUUGUACGACUUUGAAGCUGUCGAGGACAACGAACUCACCUUUAAACAUGGCGAAAUUAUUACUGUUCUGGAUGACAGUGACGCCAACUGGUGGGAAGGAGAAAAUCACAGAGGGACAGGACUCUUCCCCUCCAACUUUGUAACGACUGACUUAAGCACAGAGGUUGAGACUGCAACGGCAGACAAAUUGAAUGUAAUUGAUGAUGAUGUGGAGGAGAUUAAGAAAUCAGAACCUGAGCCUGUUUAUAUAGACGAGGGUAAAAUGGAUAGAGCCCUGCAGAUUCUCCAGAGCAUAGAUCCAAAGGAUUCAAAACCCGACUCCCAAGACCUCUUGGACUUAGAAGAUAUUUGCCAACAGAUGGGUCCGAUGAUAGAUGAAAAGCUUGAAGAGAUUGAUAGGAGGCAUUCAGAACUGUCCGAGUUGAACGUAAAGGUUCUGGAAGCUCUGGACCUAUACAACAAAUUGGUGAACGAAGCUCCUGUGUACUCUGUCUACUCAAAGCUGCAUCCAGCACAUUACCCAUCCACAGUAGCUGGGCUUCCAGUGCAGACAUAUCCAGUCCAGUCGCAUGGUGGAAACUACCUGGGUCAUAGCAUUCACCAAGUAUCUGUUGCCCAGAACUAUAACCUAGGGCCUGAUCCUAUGGGCUCGCUGAGAUCUCUGCCUCCAAAUAUGAACUCAGUAACAGCACACACCAUCCAACCUCCAUAUUUAAGCACUGGACAGGACCCUGUUUCCAAUCCUUCUUACAUGAACCAGAGUGCUCGUCCUCAGGCAGCUGCUGGUCUGGCUGCCUACCCACAGCCCAUGGGGAUGUCUGCAGAUGUGUCUUCUUUCCAGAACAUGGCAUCCGGUUUGCCUCAGCUGGCUGGCUUUCCAGUGGCAGUUCCUGCGCCUCCAGCUGCACAGCCACAAGCAAGUUACCACCAGCAGCCACUCCUUUAGAGACACACCAGGACCUGCUGACCGUCUUCGUGGGUGUGCCACUCAACCCUGGGGAUUCUAAUCUGAAAUUAAAAGUUCACUCAAAAAGAACCAUGAAUAAAUAAAGCACAAAACCCAACCUUAUCCUGGAAGGCCGUAAAAAGGGUUUUUUUCCAGUCCAGUUGUCUUGAAGCUGAUCUUUUGGGCAAAGGCUGCUUGGAUGUUGUGAGUUAGUCUGCUGUUCUGUCUGGGUCCUUACUGAGGAGCUGUAUGACACUACAUGGCAUGAGAUAGGAGUGUGGAGUUUUUCUCUAAAGAAACUAUUGUUUCCUCCAAGAUGUGAUUUUUGAGGAGCACUGAAGACCUUUAACAUUUUUGUCUGCACUCCCCCGACCCCCACCCCUAAUUUCCCACACUCUGUAAUUUUAAAAGGCGAACAUCUUUUAGUGCAAGCCUUUAGCUUGCCAGCAUUAUUUCCUGUCGGCUCCUUAAAUUACAGUUGUGUUUGCAGUGCUGUCAGGUUUGUUCUCAGUGUAAUGCUGAGUAGUAAUUAGAAUAUACUGUGUACAGAAGAAAGAACAAUUUAGAAGGUACAAAAAUGUUUUCUGUUAUUAAUAGUGAAAACCAUAUAAAUGCGAAUAUUGCAAAGCAGUUAGCCAGUCCUCUCAGCUGAAGGCCAAGGAACGCCAUGAGAUGUUAGCCUUCCCCAGGAAGGGCAUUCUCUCUACUCGUGUCCCUGGUAUUCAGAAUUGUUUUCUAGUGACGCUGGUGGAUGUCUAAUGAAGGUGCUGUGCUUUGGAUCUUGCCUGCCACAUAUGCAGACACUGCACUUACUUCUUAGGGAUUCUCAGUGAAUCUGAGCCAGGAGACACUUCCCAUAAUCUGAUGUGAUAGAAACCAUCAUGGGUGUUAAGUGUGAGGUGGGCGUUAACUCUCUUACUGAAGUGAUUGACACUCCAUUGGAAAGUUGUCAUGGUGCCAAGCUUUCACGUGUCAUCAUGAAGGGAUCGUGCAUCCCCUCAGAAGUAAUUCUGAGCCUUUGCAGAAACAGCAGGCAGCAGUUUGGUGGACAUGGACCUGACAGGACAGGUCAGGGGUUUGUGGACACGGGCUGACAGGACAGGUCAGGCCGCUUUUCCAAAGCUCCUGUUUUAAAUUAGUUCAUAGUACAAGGUCCCACAGACUGUAAGAAUUGGUGGUAAACCAUAGGGAUUUUCUCUUAAAACUUUGCACACUACUUUAUUGUAUCAACUUUUUACACAACACAAACUAGAAAACAUAGAUGCACAUGUUUCAGAUCUGUGAUAUUUACACUGGGAAAUGUUCUAAACUUAAUUUUUUAAAAUUUAAAAAUUUUGCACUUCUAUAUAUUUUUUAAGCCCUUAAUUUUUAUUAAAAAUCCAUUGGGAGACAAUUUGGAAAUCUUGUCAUUCAUCUAUUUAUAGAUACUUGGUUAUAAGUAUGCUA